UGCUAUUGUCGCACUUUCUUCUUUCUCUCUCUUCCACCGUUUUCUCUCUCCACCCCGUCCGACCUCAAACCCUAGGGGCCAUUCGCUUUCGCUCUCUCUCUCUCUCUCUCCUCCUCUCCCAUGGCGACGGCGCGCGAGGAGCCAAAGCAGCAGCCUUACGAAGGCGGGGGGGGAUUGGGCGGCGCGGGAGGGAAGUUCCGGAAGAGGCCGUUCAGGAGGACCACCCAUACGACGCCGUAUGAUCGCCCGCCGACGGCUUUUCGGAACCCUAACGGCGGUUGGCUCUCGAAGCUCGUCGAUCCUGCGCAGAGGCUUAUCUCCUCCAGCGCCCAUCGACUCUUCUCCACCGUUUUUAGAAAACGCCUCCCCCCGCCGCACCCGCCAUCGCCAGUGGAAAACAGCGACAAAAGGGAUAAACAACAAGAAGCAGUUGCCACAGAUUUCCAUGGGGCACAAAAACAGAUUGUUGAUCUAAGUGAUGGUCCAAGUAAUAGUGUUAGUGGAGGCAAGUUGACUGAGCUUGAGCAAAUUUUAAAGCAAAAAACCUUUACCAGAUCUGAGAUUGAUCGUUUGACAGCUCUACUACAUUCAAGAACUGUUGAUGUAGUGAUUGAAGAUCAAGAGAAAAGGUCUGAAGUAGUUCCUUUAAAGCCAUUGGCAUCUGCUGAUAGAUUGAAGGGAUUUCCUAAGACCCUUGCCCCAGGAAAUAGGAUAGAGAGUGAGGGAUUUCUUAAAACUCCCGCCCCUGAAAAUUGGUCGGAGAGUCAGCUUGUUUCAACUCCUGUCGUCAGUUCAACUGUCCUUGAGGGGGAUGUUGCUUCUCCUACAGAUCUUGUGGAGCUUGCUAAAUCUUACAUGCAUAAAAGGCCCACUUCCCCGUCAAUGCUAGGAUUUCGAAGUCAACCAUUUAAGGAGAAUUCAAGCGCAAUAUACACACGCAAUCUAACUUCUCCUCCAAAGGUACCCAUUACACCUCUUGUGCCAAGGACUUCAGGCCAUGAGGCUCGAGAAAAUGGUAUUAUUACCCCAAGAUCUAGAGGCAGAUCUGCUAUCUACAGUAUGGCGCGAACACCAUAUUCCCGAGUUCGCCCAAAUACUACUCUCAAGGCUGUUGAGAAUGCGGUUGAUGUUUAUGCUGGUCCAUCAUCAUCGUCCCAACAUGUACAGGAUCAAAGUCUAACAUCUAUAUCUAAACAAGGGGCUUUAAAACGCAGAAGUUCAGUUAUGGACAAUGACAUUGGGUCCUUUGGCGCUAUACGUAGAAUUCGUCAGAAACCCAACCUUCUAUCUUCAAGAGGUUUGAGCUUGGCUGUCUCUGGUAGCCCUCUUUCUUCAUCUAGAACCGGACUUCGUAUUGAGGCUGCUCCUUCAAUAUCAAAGCCGGUACCAUUUGGUGAACCUGUCCGGAAUUCCAAUAAACCAUCAACUGAAAAUGGGGAUAACAGUAUGCCUUAUACAACUGUUCCCACCAAGUCCAGUGAGAUGGCUUCAAAAAUAUUGCAGCAACUUGAUAAGUUGGUCUCACCAAAAGACAAAUCAUCGGAGUCCAAGGUACUUGCUUUGAUGGAUAAAUCACCCAGUAAACUGUCACCAUCUAUGCUACGUGGACAGGCUCUGAAAAGCCUUGAGAAUGUUAAUUCAUCGAAAUUUCUGGGUGAUGUCCAGGAUAAUAAAAAAAUGGAAGGUUUACUUAACAAGAUAAUACCUGAUGCUCGAGAAUUCACUUCCCAAAAGGAAGACAAGGUUAAAGAAAAUGGUCCAUUGAAGCUUGUUUCAGCGGAUGACAAGUUUACUGCUAAAAUGAAUGGUAUAGAUUCGAGGAACCAAAAGAUGAAUGGUGAAGAUUCUACACUGCCAAAAAAGGAUGCUGUACGUAGUCCUGAAACUUUUGUUCCUGCUGCACAAAACUCUGUUGCCUAUCCUCCACAGAAGAAACGGGCUUUUCAGAUGAGCGCACCUGAGGAUUUUCUGGACUUGGAUGAUGAUAGCUAUCCAAAUGGCGAUGCUUCUGAUGCAUUGGCUGAGGGGAGAGAAAAAGUGAACUUCUCUUUGGCAGAGAGAAAGAGCACUGCUACCGAGCAUGUAAAGCUGGAGAAAGCUUCAGCUAUGACUGAAAUGAGGUCUGCAAUGUCUGAAAUGAACCGAAAACAUGACAUGGGAAAUUCUGCUGGAUCUAUGACCGCUGAAAAGAGCACAAAUCUGAUAUUCCAGAGUACAUCAUCUCCCAGCAUGACUGUCAUGCCCACAGUCACAAGUACUGGGUCGACAUUAGCAACUGAUGGAGCUACUUUCCCGAAGGAGUCGUAUGUUUCUCCUACAUUUAACAUUGGCGAUAAAAUUGCUCCAACAAAAGAUACAAGUGCUGCUACUCCUAUAUUCAGCGGUGGCCUUAAAAGUACUUCUUCUCCUAUACUCAGUCCAUUGGGUACCUCUUCAGACCUGACGCGUGAAACCUCAAGCAACUUAUUUGCGGUAGCAGGUGGUGCAACAGAUGGUGUACUGAAGUUGUCUGAACCAGAUAAAGCUGACAAUAAGAAUAAUCCAAAUGCUGGAGUCUUUUUCAGGACACCUGAAACUAUGCCUUCAUUGGCAGCAUCAACAUCAAGUACAAGUAUACUCUCCUUUGGCAAAACACCACCCGGUGAUUUUAGUUUGAAAAAUGGGUCCUCUGCUUCAGCUUCCAGCAACCCUGAAGUUUUUGGUAAUUUGACAAAUCAAAACUCCUCUACUAGCUUGGUUUUCACAAACAGUGGUAGCAAUUCCCUCACAUCUGCCGCCGGUAGUAGCAGUCUCUCUACCUCAACUCCAGCUCUUUCAGGACCAGCUGCACCUGUAGUCAAAUUUGGGUCCUCCAAACCUUCAACUGCAGCUGCUCCAGUUUCCGAAACGUCUUCAGCAUCGGCUGCAUCUGUGUUUAAGUUCUCUUCAGGUUCAACUGCAGUUGCGCCAGUUUCAGAAACUUCUUCAGCACCAGCUGAGCCGGUUAAGUUUGUGUCACCUACGACUUCAACUGCAGCUGCACCAGUUUCGGAAACUUCUUCAGCACCAGGUGCACCGGUAUCUAAAUUUGGAUCCUCCGUGGCUUCAAAUGCAUUUGCACUGCUUUCACAAACUUCUGAUGUAGUAUCUGAGGCAACUAAGAUAAAGCAGGACACCAGCUUUGGUAAUUCAAGUAGUGCAGCAGCUGCUACAACUAGCACAGCAAGUACACUUUUUGGAUUAACUGCUAGCGCUGCUGCUUCAACUUCUGCUAACCAAUCUCAGGGUUCUACUUCUUUUGCUACUGUCAGUGAAUCCGCAUCUGGUAUUCAGACUUCGCCUGCUGCAACUGGGGUUGGAAGCUUCAGCCAGAGCAUACCGCUCCAAUUUGGGUCGUUAGCAUCCUCUCCAACAUUUGCUUUGGCUGGAAGUACAACUUUUGCAUCUGGCAGUUCACCCUUUGGUUCAACUUUUCCUGCUAAGCAUUUUAGUUCAGGAACUACUCCUGGUCUUGGCUCUUCUUCUUCCUUGGCAGAUGCCAAUUCCGUUAGCUCCAGCAGUAGCAGUACGCCUAGUGUGUUCGGUUCCAGUUGGAACCAAACUCCAAAAUCGCCUGUGUUUAGUUUCAACUCUUCACCAUCGACUGGGUUUUCCUUUGGAGCAUCCUCAGCCUCUACUGCCACUGGCAGUUCACCAUCAACUGGGUUCUCCUUUAAUGCAUCCUCAGCCACCAAUGCUGCCAGUAGCAGUUCACCAUCAACUGGGUUUCCUUUUGGAGCAUCUUUUUCUUCUAGUGCUGCUAACAGUUCACCAUCAACUGGGCUUUCCUUUGGAUUAUCAACUUCUAGUGCUGCUACUAACAGUUCACCGUCAACUGUGUUUUCCUUUGGACUAUCUUCAGCUCCCAGUGUAGCUGCUAACAGUUCGCCUGCGGUGUUUGGCGCAACAACAGCUUCUGCUGCACCUACGAUGUUUGGAUCAUCUAAUGGUGCAUCCUCAGGUUCCCUUUUCCCAUUCAAUUCAUCUUCAACUACUACAACACAACCUGUGUUUGGAAACCUUAAUCCUACAAUCUCAUUUGGUGCGCCCUCGAGUAACAAUGAUCAAAUGAAUAUGGAGGACAGCAUGGCUGAGGAUACUGUUCAGGCAUCAGGUCCCACAACACCAGUAUUUGGACAACAACCUGUAGCUGUAUCCCCUUCUCCUUCCAGCUUUGUAUUUGGAUCAGCGGCUUCCUCAGUAGUUAAUCCAUUCCAAUUUGCAAGUCAACCAAAUAUAGCAAACCCACAGAACCCUUCUCUGUUUCAGGCUUCCGGUAGCCUUGGCUUAGUUGAAGGCAACUUCUCAAUGGGCAGUAACGGCAGUGGUGUUGACAAGUCCAAUAGAAAAUACGUAAAGGUUAAACACAAGCAGCGGAAGAAGUAAAAAGAUUGAUUUCGAAUUGCUUUCCUCAUUUAAUUUCUCGGGAAAUUGCGAUUGGCAAAAUAAGUACUGCUGUGCAAGAUCAGAGUCAUGAGAUUGCUGUGUGGUCUUGAAUUGCGCGAUUUCGCCCCUUAAAGGUAUAAUCAAAACCUUUUAUAAAGGUUCAACACAAAAGAAAAUCUGUUAGCCUCCCUUUUAAAUUUUUCUAUCUUUUAUAUUUGUUCCUUUUUGUCGGAGGGAUAAUUACGGUCGCAAUGUAGGAUUAAGUUUUCACAAUUUUGUAUCUUUUCUGUAGUCCUAAGAACGAUUUAUGUUUUUCUUGGCAUGUAUUAGUACAAGUAGGUGAGAGCUUCCUGUUUGGGCAAAUUGUACUAUCAGACUCUUCUUGUGUACUUCUCUUGUAUUUGUAACAUAAAAAAGAAAACGGGUAUGCUAUGCAUGUCUAUGAAAGCGUCUUUGUUGUUACUCUUUUCAGUGGGCAUGACAAUUGACACAUCAUCGGGUUCA